GACAUUGGCCUUGACCUUUAAUCACCGGCUGUGAAUAGUCAACAAGGACAAGUUUGCUUUUCGAUUCAACAGAUUUAUAACGCAGCUUUGUUGACAGAGUGAGAAAGCAAAAAUUGCAUAAAAUGGCUGGAAGGGAAUUUCUAACUCAAGAUCCAGCUUGGAAAAGCCUGAAGAGCUUUUACGACUCAAAUGCAAAAAGUCUGAAGAUGUUACAACUUUUUAAAGAAGAUCCUCGGAGAUUUGAGAAAUUUAGGUAUGAACUCUAAAUUUCUAAAUACUCCUAACUGAAAUAAUUCAGAAAUAUGCCAUGGCAGAAUGAGUGCAUCCGAAAUGUAUCGUAUGAUACAUCAAGUCCAAUAGUUGGAAUAUAAUUAAGUAUUGACGCCAUGAUAUUCCAUCAGUACAGUGUUAAAUAAAUAAUAGAAAUAAUACAAUAAUAGUUAGGCUAUACUAUAUAGGACUCCAUAGACGCAUAGAAUAGGCCUAAAUUUAUACAAAUAUAGUCAUUUCAUAAAUGAUAAUCAUACUCAUCAUUAUUCAUAGUACUCAUACUAUACCUCAUAAUUAAUAUUAUUUAAAUAAAAUAGAAUAUAGUUUAUAUAUAUAUAUAGGCGGUUAAUGUUGGUUUGGUUGCCAUCUUUGUUGCUAUGUCAGCACCACAGUGUCAUGACAACCAAGAAGUCGGCUGUGUAUAAGAAAAAGGAGUGCAAACACAUGUCUGCUAAAAUGGGAGGGGAAAGUGAAAGAGAGUGAAUGUGCUGUUUUAACUACUUACAGAGAGAAAUGAAAAUAGGGACAAAACGUUAAAAUUUAAUGAAAUAAUUUCAGUUUCAGCCAGUUCAUUAUUUUCAUGGCGAACCUAGCAACUUUAUUGUAUCCCACUAGAUAAUACUAGAUAUGAAACAAAAAGUGUCAUUGACCUGUGGUCACUCCCUUCCUUCAAAUAAAACAUAUGUACUUAACACACUGUGAUAAGAAAAGUGUAAAAAUGAAGAAAAACAAUACAAAAUAUUUGUUAAAGUAAUCAAAACCCAACUUACAGUUUUAUAGAAUACACUUUUACACAGUUUAUUGCAAGUUCUACCAAAAAUAAAAUCCCAAAAGUUGUCAGAAAAAUGUAAACCCAUUCCAUGAUGCCGCAAAAAUUUAGCCUCAUUUUAAGUCUCAUUUUAAAUCUCUUUUUAAAAAUUAUAAUUAACUACCCAAUGAAAAAUUAAUUUAAAACAUUUGAUCAGUGUAUUAAUAUUAAAAAAAAAGAAAUUUAGCUCUAGUAACAAUCCAAAGGAUAAACAAAAGGGACAGAAUUCUACACAGAAAGUCAAAGUGGCGUACUGAACUAACAUUACCCAUCAUAGUCAUAUACUCUUAUUUUUUGAGACUUGAGAAGCCUACAAUUUGUUAAAAAAGUAUAGAAAUUUGUUAAAAAAGAUGUAAAAUAUAUUUGUCCCAAGGGGCCAUCCAUAAAUGUCAUCACACCUUAUUGGUAGAUUUUGGACAACACAUCAUCACAAACUAUCACAAAUGUUUCACACAUUUUAAGAACCCUCAAAAUAAUACCCUUGUCUCAAAUUUGUCAACCGUACUGAACCCGUACUUCCCUCCCCCUAGAAGUGUGAUGUCACUUAUGGAAACCCACAAAUAGUAAUGUGAAUGUAGACAGUAUUUUAUAUAAUAAUAUAAACUAUAUUUGAAAGCCAGGGCAGAUUAUUCUUUGUGAAAUGCAAGUAUCCACUGACAGUUUAAAUAAAAAACACGGAAGCUGGCCACAGUGACCACAGGCUUCAUGUUUGCAAAAGCCUUAAAAAAAAAUCCAGGCUAUGAAUAUACUCACUGCUUUAUAUCCUGUCAUUAAAUUUUAAGAUCAAAUAUUUUAUGUUAGAGAUAACAGUGCAGCUCAAGCUGCUUUUUUCAAUAGGGGGAGGAUGGCAGGGUGUUGGAAUGUAUACGAUCAUUGUUUAUUUGGGCCUAAAUUUUGGUGCCCUCCAUGGAAAUACCAACCAUUAAUACAGGUAUAGAGAAAAAAGAGCAGCCCGGGAUGGACUGCCCACUCAAUCCCACCCUAUCUACACCAGAGUUCCAACAUCAACAUUUUAGAAUGAAACUUGAGUGAUAGUUGCAUGUUCCCUUUCAGCUGCGCCGCCCAGCUAACUCACAGACGCCGCGCAGCAGUUUUGUGUAUUCGAGCAGAAAAUUUCCAUAUAAGUGUGUGUUUUGUUUGUGGGCUGCAAAAUUGUGCACUCACAAAAAUUUAUGCUGUAAAACUUUGCACACAACUGUACGAUUUUGCACAUGAACCAGCAACCCUUAGAGGGAACAUUGGUUGCAUGUUGACAAAAUUCUGGCGUUCAGAUGAAACAUGCUUCUCUUAAUGUGUGAGACGUAUUAUUGAUUAACUGUCAUGUGUUGUAUUUGUCUCCAUUACCAUUAUCAGGAAAGUUAGGCUUGGGAUGAAAUGAAGUUUAAUUAUUUAUUAUCUUUGUUUUCUAAAAUCAUACCAUGAACAAUGACUUAUAGAUGGUAAAUAUUUUGCUUUUAGUGUUUCUCUGGAUGGGAAGGAUGGAGCUCUUCUUGUUGACUUCUCAAAAAACUUGAUUAAUGAUGAAGUCUUCCAGUUGCUAAUUAAUCUGGUAAACAUCUUUAUAUGCUUUUUUGUAAACAUGAAAUUAUUUUGUAAGGAAGACUAAAGGCCAGUUUUUACCAAAGAAAAGUUGAAUAAAAAAACAUUAUUUUUAGCUAAUUAUUUAAUUUAUUUUUAUCACAAUGUUUAAUGAAGUAUAAGAAUGAGGCCAUUUUUCUCAUUAUCAUUAUUUUACAUGAAAAAAACAACAACCUGGGAUGCCCUCCCAAAUACACAAACAGUAGUGAAAACUUGUUUUUAUAUAUCAGCUGAAAUCAGCCCAAGUGGAGAAAAUGAGAGAUGCAAUGUUUGCUGGUGAAAAAAUCAAUUUCACUGAAGACAGGGCUGUUCUGCACACUGCCUUGAGGAACAGAGCCAACACUCCUAUUUAUGUGGAAGGAAAAGAUGUAAGGAAAAUAUGAUUGAUAUGUUGACUUUUUCUUUUACAUUUAAAAAAAACCCAAACAUUUGUAGGAUUUAUUUUAUUAAUGGAUAUAGAGCCUGUAUUUGAGUGGAUAUUUUGAUGUCUUUGUCACAACCGUCUUAGGCAGUGGAAUGCAACCAUGAUACUCUAUGCUUGUAGCUUUAUCCAAGUAAUCUCUUCUUUUGUCAUGCUAGGGAUCUAUUCUGUUAAAAUAUCGCUUAAGUUAUCAUUAAAUUCACCAUCUGUUUGUCAAAAAUGUUUCGUUAAAUAAUUGUUGCUCAAUUUAUACUUAAGUUCUGUUUCAUUCAAAACUGAAAUGAGAGAACGGCCUAGCAGAAAUUAAACUGUAUUUCAGGUCAUGCCAGACGUCAAUGCUGUCUUGAAGCACAUGCGUGAGUUCACCGACAAAGUGCGUAAUGGUUCAUGGCUAGGGUACACUGGAAAGCCCAUCACUGACUGUGUAAAUAUUGGAAUUGGUGGAUCAGAUCUUGUAAGUUCUACAUCCACAUCUCAGUAAAACUGGGAUAUAUAAGUGUAAAAGAUUUUUAUCUAGAAAAAAAAAAGGGCAGGAAUAGAAAUUUUCAACAGAUUUCAAAUUUUUAUUUUAGAAAGAUUAGGGGUUCAUUUAUUUAUAUUGUAAACAUUUCUCUCUUAAAACAACUUAUUAUUGUCAUUGCUAUCUUUAAAUUAAAAGUUAAAUUAAUGUAAAAACUUCCUUCCCUCAUAAAAUACAUUGUUCUUUUAUAUUUUUAUAGUUUAAUAUGUAACUAUGGGUCUAAGCUGGAUUUGUCCUUUGUAAUACAUAACUCAAUAUUUGUUUUGUUAUUUUAUAAGAAAUCUGUUAAUAUAUACCUGUGUCAUCCCAGUUCUAAAUAAAAAAGCUCUGUGUUUACAAUGACAUAAGUUUCCACAAUUCACAGGGUCCAGUGAUGGUGACUGAAGCACUAAAGAAGUAUCAGUGUGGCCCCACAUCACAUUUUGUCUCGAAUGUGGAUGGCACCCACUUGGCAGAGACUGUUAAAAAGCUGAAUCCGGAGACCACUUUGUUUAUUAUUGCAUCUAAGGUACGUCCCAAAUGUGAGACAUUGCAAUGCUUCUAUGGUAAGUGUAAUGAAAGUUUUGAUUUUUUAAAUAAACAUGAAUAUGGCUCAUCCUUGCUAUGUGAUUAAGUUGUAAUAAUUGCAAUAAAUGUGAAUAUGGUCCAUCUUUGCCGAGUUAUUAAGUUUUGAUUUUUGCAAUACAUGUGAAUUUGGUCCAUCCUCGCUGGGUUAUUAAGUUUUGAUUUUUGCAAUACAUAGAAAAUGGUCCAUCCUUGCUGGAUGAAAAAGUUUUGAUUCAUGAUUUUUUUAAUUGCUUAAAUUCCUCCAGACUUUCACAACUCAAGAGACAAUAACCAAUGCACUUUCAGCCAAACAGUGGUUUCUGCAGUACGCUAAAGAUGUAAGUCAGCAAGGUGUUGUACCUGUAAAUCUCAGUAUGAAGUUGAUGGGUCUAACUGCUGCAUAGAUAUGCUUCACUAUUGACAAUUAACAUUAGUUAGAUAAAAAUCUGAAAGAAAAAAAAAUUGCAGUGUUUCUUAAGUUAUUAAUAUUGGCACUUAUUGGUGGUUAAACAAUUGAAGUGAAAAAAAUUUUUUUUUAACUAACAUAAUGCAUUUGGUUGUUUAUGGAAACAGUUUAAAUUUCAAAAUGAAUGAAUUAAUAUGAAGAAGAAAUUGUUGUUUUCCUUUAGUGGAAAUUUUUUUUUCUUAAUGGGAAGAAUAUUUAUUAAUUGCAUACAAUUUCUCUUAAACUUGUGUGUCAUACAUAACUUGUCUUGUGUCUCAUACAGGAGGCAGCCGUGUCCAAGCACUUUGUGGCCCUGUCAACGAAUGGCGUAAGUCAAGAUUUAUAGAACACAAAUUUCUCUUGAAAACAUAGUACUUUCUGUGUAACUGAUCUGGAGCUGGGAGUUUUGAGUUGAACAUUUUUCUAAUAUUGAUUCUUUAAACAAAAUUUCAAAUAAAAAGAAAAACUGUAUAUGACUUUAUAUGCAUAGAAAUGAUAGUAAAAUGUCCAGCCCUGCAGUCCAGUGGCCAUGUUUUUUGUUUCAGUAAACUUUGAUGCUGACACUGUUAUGAUUAAAAUUGUGCUAAAAUUAAAAUUUCAGAAAAUAUUAACCACACCAUUUUAUCACAGGCUAAUUAUCUUCAACUAAUUAUUUUUUUUUUUACUGUUAACAGCCCAAAGUGAAAGAGUUUGGCAUUGACGAGGCCAACAUGUUUGAAUUCUGGGAUGUAAGUGUGCUUCAGUAUCCAACUAGAUCACUGGUUCUCAACCUUCCUAAUGCCGCGACCCUUUAAUACAGUUCCACAUGUUGUGGUGCUCCCCCAACCAUAAAGUUAUUUUUAUUGCUAUUUCAUAAAUAUGUGUUUUCUGAUGGUCUUAAGAGACCACUGUGUAAGGGUUGUUCGACAAACACCCCCCACCCCCCGGGUUGUGACCUACAGUUUGAGAACCGCUGAACUAGAUAUUUAAAUACUUUUUUAUCAAUAUGGAUUCAAUAAGAUUAUCAGCAAUUGUAAUGGACAGAUUUAUGUAUAAUUUGAGAAAAUCAAAAUACACAGGUGGUGCAAAAUAUAUGUUUUUUUUAGUGAUUCUCAGACUGUAUGAGUUGUACAGCGGCGUAGCGAGGGUGUUUGGCGCCCGGGGACAAGAUUCGCGCCCGGGGACAAGAUCCAUUUUAAAGCGCCCCUUUUUCUAUUUUUCAACUUUCAAACCCAUUAUUUUCAUCAAUAAAAUAACAUCAAAGCACAUUUUGGCGCCCCUAACUACCUGGCGCCUGGGGACAUCUGUCCCCCCUGCGCCCCCCUCGCUAUGCCUCUGGAGUUGUAUGUGAGUCAGUGUGUUACCAGGUUAAACAGUACAGGUUUUUAUCCUCUGUACAGGUUUGUUUAUUGGGCAACUGUCGGUGAAAUAACAAAAUAAUUAUUUUGUCCCUGUUUUUCAAGAGAAUCUGAUGUAUAUAACAACACUGGCCAUGUGUUUCAAAACAUUAGUUAACCCACGAACUGUGGCAUGCAUCAUUCUGUGGUGUGGAGCUUUUCAGAGCGUUUUGAGUGCUAUUUGAAAUUGCAUUAAAUGACAUAGAAAUAUUGAUACAAGAUCCCUAUAAGUAUAUAUUUUUAGAAAGGUAAAUGGAUGGGGUUAAAAUUGACCAUAUUGCCAACCCCCUAAAAAAAUUUUGCUCUGUGUCCUUGACCUUGGAGUUCUCAAGAAAAAAAAAUUUGAAAAAAUGGCUUGCUUUCAAGUGCUCAUAACAUCAUUAAUUUUUAUAGAUACCGUAAAAUGGAGUAACUUUGGUCCAUUUUAUGUGAAACAUUGAAUAUUCCGACAAUACCCGUAAUUGUAAUUAUGAAUUUAAUAGUUUAUCUCAUGGGCUAUAGCAUGACCAUUAAGUACAAAUAAUUCAAAAACGAUUAUUUCUUCAAUUUUUUUAUUAUUUUAAAAAAAUUAUUAGUGGCCAAAGUUACCCCAACAUGGGGUUACUUUGGCAGGCUAUACAAAGAAUAUACAAAAACAAAGUUUGACAAAAAUAGGGUUACCUUGGCCACAAAAGAUAUUUUUUAAAUGUAAAAAUUAACACUGAAUGAUAAUGUUCAUUUAGUAAACUUUUCAAAAAUGUUAGUAAACGUGCCUUUCUUAGGUGCUGGUAGCCAUUCUUCAUCUGAAUCAGAAAAGGAUAUGUUGCCCAUACUAUCAGAAUCACUACUUGUCUGAUGUUCAGAAAGGUUAGCAGCAAGAUCAUGAUGUGGUUGGUCUGCAAUUACAUUCUCUGUGCUGCUAGGAGAAGGAGAAUCAUGUGUGUCAGUAUCUAUAACCUCAUCCUCAGAAGGCCCAACAACACUUUUUCCAGGCUCAACAUCCAGACGACGCUUACGUCUCUGUGUUACCUCAUCCUCUUUGCCAAACUGCAUCUCUUGUAGGUGAGAUACGAAUGAAUCUGCAACUGAUGUGUUGACUGAGUCCUCAUUUUCAUCAUUGUGUGGAAUAUGCUUCAGGACAGGUUCAGGGUCUGUGGGGGUAAAUUCCAGAUUUUCUAAAUCCAGCCCUAAUAUUGUCACCAGCAUUGACACUGAUACCAUCCAUUAGAAGAGUGCUUCUCGUGAUCCCUAACUCAGCACACACAAUGCUCUGACUAGCUCCACUUGUUAUCAUGUCACAGGCCUUCUGGAGUUGUUCGUCAUCACACAAGGCAUAUUUUCUGGUCCCAGGCUUUUUCUUGUAUGUGCGUGACAUGGCUGGGUCUGAAGCAUAAGACAAAUAUAAGGUACAGAUUAAAAUAAAUCCAUUCUUCGACUUGAGAUUAUCGGUACUCUAAAUUAGAACCAAAAUAUUCAAUUUAAAGGCCUAGGAAAAAAACAACAACAAAUUCCACUGAAUAAAGUACUAGUUCAAAUUCUUAACGUGAAAACCAUAUGUUUCAAUAAAAUCACACAAGUAAAUCAAUGGGCUAACACAUGGCCAAAGUUACCCCAAAGUAGUGAUAUUUAUUGGGGUAAAAUUGGCCACCUGCCUAAUUUUAUUUUAUCUUGAAAAUUAUAUCUAAAUAAUAUAAUUAGCAUCUAAAGCAUCUUAUUAUGCACAAUAUUAUAUAAUUAUAUUAUACUUACACUUACUUUUGUGUUGUGAAAAAAUACAAAGUUUGCAGUUUGAAAAAAUCAAUACAAAAUGGCUGCCAAAGAAGAAUGGUUGUAUUUCUGCACCUAAUGUAAUAGGACACCAGCACAUUGAUUGAAAAUAUUUUGAAAUGGUUUAAUAUUUGACACAAUUUAGUUUCAAUUGCCAGUAAUAAUUCAAAAAAUAAAUAUACAAUUUUAAAUCUUUUUUCUCCCCCUGGCCCAAAGUUACCCCAACAGGCCAAAGUUACCCCAUUUUACGGUACACUUAAAACACAAUCUAAAUGUUGUAGCCAAUUCAUUUAUCUUUAAGAAAAUGUAUAGUUUGCUAAUGUCUUGAUUGCAAUUAAACCUCUGAAAGCAAUUUUUGUAAUUUUAGGUCAUUUAUAUAAGAAACUGGGACCACUGCUAAAACCAAGUACAAAAUAGGAAAUCUCAGGCAAAAUAGUUAUUAUUGACUAGUAAACAUUUAAAAAGGAACUGUGGAACUGAUUUGGGUUGUUUAACUAUAAAAUUUAUUAGUUCUGAACUAUAAUCUGUAGCUUCUGUGACUAAAAUUCAGCCAGUGCUUGCCCAACCUCCGGGCCUGGCUCGUCGUCUAACAUUAGCCCCAGUAGGCCUACUUCAGUAUCACUAAGACUUGUAUUAAAUUCCCGAGAAGAAUAAUCUCAACUGAUAUCGUCAUGGGGCAUGUUAAAAUCAUGAUCAGUAUCACUUAAAUUCUCCCCUGAAAAGCUUUCAAACAUCUUUCUAUUAGUUCUUGCACUGAAUGACCCCAGUCAUGGCUUUCAACCAUAUUUCUAUUAGUUCUUGCACUGAAGGCCCAGCCAUAGCUUUCAAACAUAUUUCUAUUAGUUCUUGCACUGAAUGACCCCAGCCAUGGCUUCAACCAUUUUAGCUUUUAAAAAAACAGUGAUAUAAAACUUGGAUUAAAAAGUAUUUAUUUUCAAGUUAUCACCAAACAGCUUGAGCCGGAAGGUGAUUUAAUUAUUAUUAAAAGGAAGUGGCUAUAAUUCCGGUUAAAUUUUGGAUGGGAAGUUGCUAUCGGACCCUGUUUUUUAUCGGGAAAGUCUGCCUGCCGAUUUUUUCGGCCGACCGCAGUUCGUGGGUUAAUUUCCCACACUAUCAGGGUAUUUAAAUCAUUCUAUUUUAGUACUAGGAAAAAUAAGGUUUAUAGGUUGGAUCUAGUGGUUAGUGAGACUUGCAAUUAAAUCAUAGUUUUUGCUAAGAGACCUGGGUCACUGUCCUUGACCUCCCAUCAUGACCCCAGUUCACUGACCUAGGCAUCACAUCAUGACCCUGGUUCACUGUCCUUGCCCUCCCAUCGUGACCCUGUUUCACUGUCCUUGACCUCUCUUUAUGAUCAUCAUUUUGAUUAUUUUUUUCCCCUUCCCCCAUGCCUUUCCUCCAGUUCCAACCAUCAUCUCCCCAGCCUGCCACUCUUAUUCCUCCAGUCAUUUUAACCACUCUCCCAUUUUCACUGCCAUUUCCUACAUCACUCGGUAUAUCCCUGAACCAAUGUACACUUUAUCAUGCUCCUCUCAAUAACAUCUAUCUCUCAACCCAUGAUCCCCUUCCCUAAUCCCAAGCCCACCUUCACACCCCACCCCUUAUCUUGUCCUAGCAUAUCCCCUAUACUACCAGAUUCACACUCUCCCCCACAUACCCUGUAACCUAUCCAAUUUAACCGCCCCCCCCCUCCCCCUUAAAAUUCAUCUGUCUUAUAUACUAGCUUCUGAAAAAAAAAAGAAGAAAGUCCUAACAAAAUAAAAAAUUGAAUGUCAGAAAAUUGAAAUUGAUGAUUAAGGAGAAUGGAAUAGAAACUUAUCAAAUAGCUUUUGGAAAUCUCCGUUUUUAGUUAUAUUUAUAUCAGGUCAGCUUAUUUUCAUGUAACAUAUAUAUCUAUUGUUUCAGUGGGUUGGAGGACGGUACUCAUUGUGGUCAGCUAUUGGUCUCUCCAUCGCCCUCAUGAUUGGUCAGUUGAAAGCACUUCUUCUAUUCUGAAAGUUUACAUUUGUUUAUUAGCUUAAGUUGUUCAGUUUUUUUUUCACACCAAGAACUUCUCAAAGUAUUUAAACUGUUGUCAAUCCAAUCUUUUAUUUUCCUUGCGUUAAAUUGUACCAAGCAUUUUGUCAUCCUAAGCUCAUCUUCUUUCUUCCAGGGAUGGAUAACUUUGAGCAACUCCUUGAAGGUGCUCAUCACUUGGACAAACAUUUCCUGGAAGCUCCGGUUGAGAAAAAUGUAGGUAGUCUGGUUGAAAGCUGGUCAGAAAAAUAUUUGGUUUUAUCAAAUGACACAAAUGUUCUGUGAAGCUAAAAUAAUGUUAAGUUGACAUGAUGCUUGGUGGUUGCACCUUUACAAAACAUGAUAUCCUUCAAGGGCCCCUUGCUGAAAUUGCUAGCCUAAAAAACUGUGAUUUCAGUGACAAAAAGUAAUUUAUUACUAGAACCCACGAAGGAGAAUUCUGUUAUAUAAUUUUUCCAUAACGUCAAGCACCAAAGCACAUUUUAGGAAAUUUGACAGAGGCGAGAAUGUGUUCUAACAUGAUGUAGCAGUUGAUUUAUUUCUGGUGCAAAUAGUACUACUAUCUCCUCAGAUCCCCAUGAUACUGGCUGCACUGGGCAUCUGGUACUCCAACUUUUAUGGUGCACAAUCCUACACAAUUCUACCAUAUGACCAGGUAUGUUGAUGCUACUGUCUUCCAGGCAGCUGAAUACUUUUUAUGCCAAGCGAAAGUCGCCCCUAGAAUUAUGCAAUUUCUUCAGUUACCUGAAACUGUUGAGGAUGUACAAUAACAACCUUACAUAGUUGCACAACAGUAGGGCUCCAGACUUGUCACAAACUAUUUUGACACAGUGGUCAGUACAGGCCCGCUCCUCUAUGUGAUAUACAAUUUUUGUGUCUAGGAAUUGAUACAGACGGAAGCAUAAUGUAUACGUGAAUUAAUCCAAACAACAACUCCAAGAUCACAGAUCACGAUGGUUUUAUCACUGAUUUAAAGAGUUCUUCUGUAAUCCUCAUUAGGAUUUUUCUCUGUAACUACACUGUCCACAUUUCUUGCUUCAGCUGCUUGACUUUAUUAACUCAACAAGGCUCUCUCUGCUCAACUCAGUUGUCUCAAUUCUUCAAUUAUCCAAGUUUCCUCAAACAUCUACUUUUUAUUCUCUAUCUAACUCUUGGAUGGUCCAGGUAUGCCUCGACCUGUUAACUUAUCCCUGAACAACCCCCCCCCCCCUUCUUUUUUUUCUAUACUCAUAAUGAACAACCCCCCCCCCCCUUUUUUUUUGUCAUUACCUGCUAAUUUGGAACUUCCAUCUUAACCCCAAUAUUUGCAUAUACCGCCCGGAAAGCAUGAACAUACAAUCCCUCUAUCUCAAGCUGUGAGCAUCUUUAACUCUGACCUCAAAAUAAACAGCAAUUUCUGGCCGACCUAUAAGUUACCCCAACAGCAAUGGGGUACUGUACUAAAAUGAUCGGGUACUGUACUACACCCAGCGCUAGUCAUUUGUAACAAGCUGAGAGUAGUAGUAGCAAAUAUUAGAGUUUUGUGGUCCAGACUAUUUGUUACUUGGAUCAACAACAACAAAAAAAAGGUUUUAAAAUUACUGUUACUAUAUCACAAAAUGAUCUAACUAGAAUCAGACCUUGAGUGGCUGAAUACACUUGUGGGUGAAUAUAUAAUUGUUAUUUUUCAGUAUCUUCAUAGGUUCCCAGCUUACUUCCAGCAGGGGGACAUGGAGAGUAAUGGCAAGUACAUCACUAGAUCUGGUCAACGGGUGGACUACAGCACUGGACCUGUGGCGUGGGGGGAGCCUGGUACUAAUGGUCAACAUGCUUUCUAUCAGCUCAUUCAUCAAGGUAAGUGUUAGGGUCAGUACUGUUACUAGCAGUGAUCUUUAGCAGUGGUCAAUUAAUUCAAUUCUUUAACCAUUCAAAUUAACUUGUGAAGUCUAAGUACCAUCAAUGUCUUUUACAUGUCAGGAUUUGUAAAUGCUCCUUUAAGCUUGACAGCUCUGAGAAACCAAUGCAGGGGUCUCAUGUAUCAAUGAAGAAGGGGUCGAAACUCUUAAUACAACAUGCUCGACUCAAGUAGAAGUUAGAAGUAAUGUAUCCCAACAUCUUCUAUCACCAGGAACCAACUUGAUCCCAUGUGAUUUCCUGAUCCCUGUAGAAACUCAGAACCCAGUACAGAAUGGCCUUCACCACCAGGUCAGGAAACUUUGGGUUUUUAAUUUGGAUGUAGUGUGUAACAGACAUACUAAACAUUCGUGUGACACACAUAAUGAUUGAGCUGUGCCGUGUUGAUUUGGGUGACAUAAAGCUGACCCUGUUGUCUAAUUUUGACCAUAACCUACGAGUGUUGUGAUGAUUUUAACACUUUUUACACAUAGCACCCGGAGUAAAAAAAUCUCUUCCCCCCCCAUACGGUUAUAAACAGGGUAAACUCAAUAACUUUGUCAGGUGGGAUGAUAUUAAUUUGGCUUAGUUCAUUUUGAAUACAGGAAUCUGUAUUACUACAGAUAGCAUAAUUCACUGAGGAAUUAUGUCUAAUUACGUCUAAAUUGCUAUCAAACUCGUCAUGUGAAUCCAUUUUAAACAAAAUUGAUACAGAUAUUGAUCAUUGUAAAAAUCUCAAAAUGUUCAGAAAAUCAGGUCAUGUUCAAUUAAAAGUUGGCAUUCAUCCAUUUAAUUUAUGAAUGAAAUAAACAGCAUAAGGGAUAUUGUUGAUAUUUGAAAUAGAGUACCUUUGGCAACAUGUGGAUGAAAAGGAUAAAAACUGUCGCCACAGCUUGUCUUAGUGUGGUUUUAAAGUCUCAACAUGUGUUUAUUCCAGAUUCUGUUGUCCAAUUUCUUGGCUCAGACCGAGGCUCUGAUGAGAGGCAAAACCUUGGAAGAAGUGGAGAAAGAGCUCAGGGACUCUGGCAUGAGCGAGUCACAGAUCAAGCUGAUAGCACCUCACAAGGUAAGUCUCUGUCCACUCUAGCUUGGCACUUGGCUCAGCCUUUAGAUGCCGAUAGUGUCUAUGGCUUGUUGAACCCUAGAAAUAUUAAAUUCCGUUUAUGAAAACCAUAAUUAAUUUGUUUACUAAUUAUGAGUGAAGCAUCAAGUUGAAGUCUAAAGAGCUGCAGAUGCUCUUUUUAAUCUUGAACCAUCUAAGGCUAUGCUUUUCCACAUCACAAACAUCACAUCAGGACACAGUAAGUCAGCAUUAUUUUCUCACCUAUAACAAAUUGUCAAGCCCUGGAUUAUUUUCCAAUUCUCUCUGCCAGGUGUUUGAAGGCAAUCGUCCCAGCAACUCUAUUGUCUUCCAGAAGUUGACACCUUUCACCCUUGGCACGCUGAUUGGUAUGUGUCUGAUUUUUAAAAAUUGAAUUUACUUUAUUUAUUUAAAGUUUAUUGAAUUCCAUUGAAACUCAGCUCAAGCCUACUAGGCAUAAUAAGUGGAGGCAACAUUAUUUACAUGACUAUUUAAUUUUCAUUAAAAGUACAUUGAUAGGAAACUUUUGGCUGAUUUUGAUAUCAUAAUAAUUUAAUAAUACAAAAAAGACAGAUGAGCAACAAUGAGUUCUUAUCUCUAAUGCACUGGUUCCCAACCAUUAUGACUCAUGGAGCCCAUUUUUAGAAACAUUUUGUACGGGGGGAGCCCCUUUGUCCUACCCUAUAUCGUACAGGCUAAUAUUGCUUAGGAGAUCGCUUCCUGUGUCCACGUAGCCCCUGAGAGAAGUGUAUGCAGACCCCAAAGAGCUCGGCGGAGGACAGUGUGAGAGCCACUGCUCUGUUGUAUUUAAUGAGAUUAGUUGUAUAACAAUUUUAUAUCAGUCUGUAGGAUGUCAAUGUAAAUGUAAUGUCCCCCAAUUGAUGAUUGGUGUUGAAGGUUGGAUCUUUUCAACCUAAAUUUGUGUCUACGUCAUGUUCACGUGCUUUGACCCAUUCACAGCGAUGUAUGAAAUGAAGAUCUUUGUGCAAGGUAUUGUCUGGGACAUCAACUCAUUUGACCAAUGGGGGUGAGUUGUGCUGCUGCAUGUCUAAUUAUUAAUUUGUUACCAAAUUCCAAAACAAAGGGAAAUAACUACAAUUUUAAUUUGAAAUUUUACUCAACAAAGGGAUGUAUACAGGAACAUUUACGAAAAAUAAAAUUUGGUCCUUAGGAAAAGGCAGUUUUCAUACUUAUAGCUAUGUAAUUGAUGGAGGAGGUUAUGGGACUUGAAUGAUCUGUUAUACAAAAAAAAGUUGAGCUAUUUCAAUUGAGCAUUUUGUUUGUAAAUUUAUGUCUUAGGCGAUAUUCCGAUAGCUCAGCAUGUUAUGUUUGAUGGCCUAUUAUUGAUGUAAUAUACCUAUGACCUCUUCACAGUGUUGAACUUGGCAAGGUGCUAGCAAAGGCCAUACUGCCAGAACUGACCUCCCCGAAUGUGAUCGCCAGCCAUGAUAGUUCAACCAAUGGACUCAUUAAUUACAUCAAGGCAAGCAAGCGCUGAUUUAGCACCUCACAAUGAUCCAGUUCUGUUCUGUUUUUGUAUGUGACUUAGUUGAAGUAAAUUGACAGAAACUCCACUCCCCAACAGUCUCCAUCUGUUGGUAACUCUAGCCACUUGUGACAUGUUACCCAGACAGCUCUGUGUUAUUUUUUAUUUUUUUCAUUAAAUGGUCUAGUUACCGAUAUGUCUGUUUUUGUUAUUGAGUGCACACAAUCAAAUUAGUAUCUGAUGUUUAGGUGGUUUAAAAAAAAAAUUAUUUGCCUGUAUCAUUGUGGUGCUUAUCUGAUUUUUAUUUCUGCAUGUUAUUGCAAAACUGGAUAUUUUUUUCAUUUUUGAAAAUUGCAGUGUCUUAGAAAAUCUCAAUUCAAUGUGGAAUUAAUCUUGUACUUGUACAUGGGGAGGGGACAACCUUUUUGCAGAAGUUGUUAAUAUGAGGAGGUUUGGGGGGUAAUCAAAAUGUUUGGUUUCAUAUUUCUUAAACAUGUUUAGUUAAAAUUUCUGAGAGCUUGUUAACGUUAACAAAACUCUUGUCUAUGUUCACACCAGACAUUAAGAUAUGGGUUAACUCAUAGAAACCAUGAUUACUUCUGUAACCAAGCUCAAUGCCUUGCACAACCUUCUUAAGGUGGAAUUGGAGGGGAGGUAAUGUUUGAUGUUGAAGUUUCAAUUUUAACACUGUUUAAAAGUCUCUUCCCAAAUUAUUUUUUGUACUUCUGAAUUGUAUUAUUUUAGGGCCACAACUUUGAUGAAUUGAUAUGGUAGUGGUUUUAAAACAAGUUUUCAAUAUGCUAACAUUGCAAAAAAGAAAAAAAAAUUAUUUUAAAAUUAGAAAAAUGAAUAUUUUGUUCUCAUCAAAACUCUAUGUCAACUGAAUAAUUACACAAUAUUUUCUAUACACU